GUUAGUUACCAGUGACACACUAGUUCCAGUUGUAUUUUGGAUUUGGUUUGACUCGGUUGUCAACGGAGUGAAGACUGGAGGAACUAUCAUUGGCUCGUGAGUAUAUCUUAUCCUUUGAGCAGAGAUGUUCUGAAAAGAAGUUCUGAUGAAAGUUUUUCAUACGACACGCCAAAGACAUUCUCUUUUAAUUAUCAUGGCCGCAGUAUGAUUAUAACGAGUUUUAGAGAAAUCUGAACAAUCAUCAAUGGAUAUUCGCCAAGCAAAAGAGAUUGUUCAAACGUUAUCAACUGGAACUUUACGGGCUUGGACCGGAGUUUAUGCUGUUGAAAGUUUCAUCAUCGUCUUUGUCAACUCCUUGUCACUGUAUACUUUCAUCAAGACUCCGUCCCUCAAGACACGAAAGCACAUGAUGGUUGUCAAUCUCGCAGUCGCUGAUCUCAUUUUUGGAGCCCUCGGAAUAUCGUCUCUUAUUUACCUGAUAUUCAAACCAACAAUUACUUCCAUUUAUGUGUUAAAUGCGUCGUACACGUUUCCGAAAGCAGCAUGCCUUUUUACUCUGGGUGUGAUUGCAGUGGAACGAAUGCAUGCAGUCGUCUGGCCCUUACGUCACAAAGUUAUGAGUGGUCGUGUCCACAAAAUUGCUCUCGUGGGAAUUUGGAUACUGUCCGGCAUCGUGACUGCAUUGGAAUUGUACAAUACGGAUGCAUUUGGCGAAUCUGUUAGAUUUGUCUUUUUCCUGCCAAUGACAAUUUUUGGUGUAAUUAGCAUAACAAUUGUUUGUUACGUGUGCAUUUGGAUAAAAGUUAAACGCAGACGACAGAGCGUGCACGGUGCAGCGACCCGAAAGGAUAAAUCAUUGGUGCACACGUUGCUGCUUAUUACAGGGGUUUUUGUGCUCAUGUGGGCACUUCCUAUAACUUAUUUUUCAGCUUCAAAGAUCUGUGACAGCUGUUACAAGAUUACAUAUCCGCUUCUUUUCCACCUUUUUAACGCGUUGGUAGCGCUACAAUCAUUUCUCAACCCAAUAGUUUAUUGCUUCAGGCUGCCUAAGUUUAGGAUGAGUUUGAAAGCGAGGCUGCGAGAGAUGAAAUAUUCUGUUUGUUUUCUGCAGAGGCUUUCGUUAGAGUCAAGAAAGAAAGGAACACGAACUGAAUUGCCAACCUCAGUAGUAAGAGAAAAUCAUGGCGGCCUGGAAGUCGUUUGAACUAGGGUUAGAGCUAUCAAGUUUGGAGCUUGGAGCGGGUCCCAAUAUAAGCGCCGCUGCAAGUGCGUUUCUUCGCUCACGAGUCAUGUGAGGUGGCAAACUGAUGCUAGAGCUCUCCUGGCCCUCUCCGUUGGUCGGUACCAAUCAACCAAUGGACACCUGUUUAUAGAGACAAUUGAGCAAGGCGACAAUAUAAAAUAUUUUGAGUUCUUGAAAAAUAUUCGUUCUAAAAUUAAUUAGGAACCUCACACGUGUCACAUGACGACAAUUGUAUAAAAUGUUAAUCUUGAGAGUUAAGCAGUUCGCCUAAAAAUUGGUAUCAAUAAGAACAAUAGUAAUCAUGAUUAUAGAAAUGAGAACGGUAGACCUUAUUAAAUAGUUGACUCCAGUGUCUGGGUCUAGCCGAGUAAAGGGGAAAAGACAGAAUGUCCACCUUUAUUGUACUGACCGGAGAAAAAGAUGUGCGUCUUUAAGAAAAAAAAGCAAAAAGGAGGAAAAAAAAUUAAUUUCCCUCUAAACGCAGACACCUAGACACUAUACAUAAGGGCGUUGCGUUGUACUUAAGUUAUU